GAGCUCCUCUCUCUCUCUCUCUCUCUCUCUCUCUCUCUCAUCGAGCACAGUCAUGUCAUUUGUGGGUGACGUGUCGAAUACGAUAUAUAAACUCUCGGGUUUCGCCAUUUUGGACUCAUAGUCUACACUUGUUAGGGCGGGAACCCAAAAUUUUCACCUAAACCUCUCUCUCACUCUUUCUAUUUUGUCCUUCUCUGUUCUGAGCGUCUCUCGAUUUCCGCUCUUCCACCACUUGGCGUCUUCAACCGAAUUCUAGGGUUUCUGGUUUCUCGUCACUAGCUCAAUCUUCCUCCGGAGCCCGAGAUGAGUCUUCGUAGGGGCUCCAAGGUUUGGGUCGAGGACAGAGAUUUGGCUUGGGCCCCAGCUGAAGUCGCCGACUGCAGAGGCAAACAAGUCCAAGUGAUUAAUGCUUCGGGAAAGAAGGUUUUGGCUUCGGCCGAGAAGCUAUUUCCGAGGGAUGCGGAUGAGGAUGAGCAUGGGGGAGUGGACGACAUGACUAAAUUGACGUAUUUGAAUGAACCGGGAGUGCUCUAUAAUCUUCAAAGGAGAUAUGCUCUCAAUGAUAUAUAUACAUAUACAGGGAGCAUUUUGAUUGCAGUUAACCCAUUCACAAAGCUUCCCCAUCUAUACAAUGUCCACAUGAUGGAGCAGUAUAAGGGAGCCCCAUUUGGCGAGCUAAGCCCCCAUGUUUUUGCCGUGGCUGAUGCAUCUUAUAGAGCAAUGAUGAAUGAUGGUCAAAGCCAAUCAAUACUGGUCAGUGGGGAAAGUGGAGCUGGGAAAACUGAGACGACGAAACUGAUUAUGCAGUAUCUUACUUAUGUGGGAGGCCGAGCUGCUGGUGACGAGAGAACUGUUGAGCAGCAAGUUCUUGAAUCAAAUCCGCUUUUGGAGGCAUUUGGUAAUGCAAGGACUGUUAGAAAUGACAAUUCAAGUCGUUUUGGAAAGUUCGUUGAGAUCCAGUUUGAUGCAAGUGGUAGAAUAUCUGGAGCUGCAAUUAGAACUUACCUAUUGGAAAGAUCUCGUGUUGUUCAGAUAACAGAUCCUGAGAGGAAUUAUCACUGUUUUUAUCAAUUGUGUGCAUCUGGAAAGGAUGCAGAGAAGUACAAGUUAGGACACCCAAGCCACUUCCAUUACCUAAAUCAAAGUAAGGUAUAUGAACUGGAUGGAGUGAGCAAUGCAGAAGAGUAUAUGAAGACAAGAACAGCAAUGGACAUUGUCGGCAUCAGCCACGAAGAUCAGGAAGCGAUAUUUCGCACCCUGGCUGCAAUUCUGCAUUUGGGAAACAUUGAAUUUUCUCCUGGGAAAGAGCAUGACUCUUCAGUUCUAAAGGACCAGAAAUCUAGCUUUCAUAUGCAGAUGGCUGCUAAUCUUUUCAUGUGUGACAUGAACCUCUUGUUGGCAACACUGUGUACUCGUACAAUCCAAACUCGUGAAGGAAUUAUUAUUAAAGCUCUCGACUGUAAUGCUGCUGUAUCUAGUAGAGAUGCAUUGGCAAAGACUGUUUAUGCGCGGUUGUUUGACUGGCUUGUUGAGAAGAUUAAUACUACUGUUGGGCAAGACUUGAAUUCCCAAAUACAGAUAGGAGUUUUGGACAUUUAUGGUUUUGAAUGCUUUAAAGACAAUAGUUUUGAGCAGUUUUGCAUUAAUUUUGCAAAUGAGAAGCUGCAGCAACACUUUAAUGAGCAUGUGUUCAAGAUGGAGCAGGAGGAGUAUAGCAAAGAGGAAAUUGAUUGGAGCUACAUUGAAUUCAUAGACAACCAAGAUGUUCUAGAUUUGAUUGAGAAGAAACCUGUUGGGAUAAUUGCUCUCUUGGAUGAAGCUUGCAUGUUCCCAAAAUCAACACAUCAAAGUUUUUCAACCAGGUUGUUUCAGCUUUUCCGGGCCCACCCAAGGUUGGAAAAGGCAAAAUUUUCAGAGACUGAUUUUACCAUGUCCCAUUAUGCUGGAAAGGUUACUUAUCACACAGAUACCUUUUUGGAUAAAAACCGUGAUUAUGUUGUGGUAGAACAUUGCAAUCUGUUGUCUUCUUCCAAAUGCCCUUUUGUUGCUGGUCUUUUCUGUUCACUGCCUGAGGAAUCUUCAAGAUCAUCCUACAAAUUUUCUUCUGUGGCUACUAGAUUUAAGCAACAACUUCAAGCGCUGAUGGAAACCCUCAACUCAACUGAGCCUCAUUAUAUACGAUGUGUUAAGCCAAACUCAUUGAAUCGACCUCAAAAAUUUGAGAAUCCGAGUAUCUUACACCAAUUGCGCUGCGGGGGUGUUCUAGAGGCUGUUCGGAUAAGUCUGGCAGGUUAUCCAACGCGGAGAACUUACUCAGAGUUUGUAGAUCGCUUUGGAUUAUUAGCUCCUGAAUUUAUGUAUGGAAGCUAUGAUGAAAAAGCUACGACUGAGAAAAUUCUGAAAAAGUUAAAGCUUGAGAAUUUUCAGUUGGGUAGGACCAAAGUGUUUCUUAGGGCUGGUCAAAUUGGUGUUUUGGACUCCCGACGGGCUGAUGUUUUGGACAAUGCUGCGAAGCGCAUUCAACGUCAAUUGCGAACGUUUGUUGCUCGCAGAGAUUUUGUUUCCACUCGGGCUGCUGCAUUGGGACUCCAAGCUUUUUGUAGAGGAUGCCUUGCUCGAGUGCUGUAUGCUCUAAAACGGGAGGCAGCGGCUGCUAUUCUUAUACAGAAACAUGUCCGAAGGUGGCUAUUAAAAGAAGCUUAUAUGGAAUUAUAUUCAGCUGCCACUGUCAUACAGUCCAAUAUUCGUGGUUUCUCAAUUCGGCAAAGAUUUUUGCAUGGAAAGAAACAUAAAGCUGCCACUUUCAUCCAGGCUCGGUGGAGGAUGUGCAAGGUUCGCUCAGCUUUUCAACAUCACCAAGCUUCUAUUGUGGCAAUACAAAGUCUUUGGAGGCGAAAAUUGGCAAGGAGGGAGCUCCGAAGGCUUAAACAAGAGGCAAAUGAAUCUGGUGCCUUGCGCUUAGCUAAGAGUAAACUUGAGAAGCAAUUAGAGGACCUCACAUGGCGGUUACAUCUUGAGAAACGAUUGCGGGUUUCUAACGAAGAAGCUAAGUCGGUAGAAAUUUCAAAACUUCAAAAAGUGUUGGAAUCCUUGAGCCUUGAGUUGGAUGCAUCAAAGUUGGCAACAAUUAAUGAGUGCAACAAGACUGCAGUGCUGCAAAAUCAAUUGGAAUUGUCAGUGAAAGAAAAAUAUGCUUUGGAAAGAGAACUCAUUGGAAUGGCUGAAUUGAGAAGAGAAAAUGCAUUUUUAAAAAGUUCUAUGGAUGCUUUGGAUAAGAAGAACUCAGCUCUAGAGACCGAACUUCUCAAGGUUCGAAAAGACAGUACCAACACCAUUCAGAAGUUGCAGGAAUUUGAACAAAAGUGCUACCAGCUACAGCAGAAUGUAAAGAGGUGUUUCUCAGACAUUCAUAACCCACUUUCAAGUGUUUAUUUCAGUCUUGUUAACCUUGAGGAGAAACUCUUACUUUUAGAGGAUGAGAAUCAUAUCAUGCGACAAAAAGCCCUUAGUGUGUCUGCAAAGAGCAAUAGGCGUGGUUUUGAAAAGUCAGUUCCAGAGAAAAACCCUGGUGCACUUGUUCCCCUCACUGACCAGAAGCCUGCAUUUGAGUCUCCCACACCUACAAAACUUAUUGCACCUUUUUCACAUGGCUUGUCAGAGUCACGACGAUCAAAGUUAGCAGUGGAGAGGCACCAGGAGAACUAUGAAUUCCUAUCAAGAUGUGUCAAAGAAGAUUUGGGUUUCAAAGACAGUAAACCAUUGGCUGCUUGUAUCAUAUACAAAUGCCUGCUUCAGUGGCAUGCCUUUGAGUCUGAGCGUACAGUUAUUUUUGACCAUAUAAUUGAGGGAAUAAAUGAUGUUUUAAAGGUUGGGGAUGAGAACAUAACCUUGCCCUAUUGGCUGUCAAAUGCCUCAGCGCUUCUAUGCCUCUUGCAGAGGAAUUUACGGCCAAAUGGUUUCACAGCAACUCAGCGUUCUGGGUCUUCUGGUUUAGCUAUCAGGAUUGCGCAAGGACUGACAUCUCCUUUGAAAUAUAUUGGCUAUGAAGAUGGUAUGUCACAUCUGGAAGCAAGGUACCCGGCUAUAUUGUUCAAACAGCAGCUAACUGCUUGCGUAGAAAAGAUCUUUGGCUUGAUGCGUGACAGUUUGAAGAAGGAAUUGGCUCCACUCUUGGGCUCAUGCAUUCAGGCACCCAAAGCUGCGCGAGUUCAUGCUGGAAAGUCAUCUAGAUCACCUGGUAAUGCUCCUCAGCAAUUACCUGGGAGUCAGUGGGACAACAUAAUCAAAUUCUUGGAUACCCUUAUGAGUCGGCUACGUGGAAAUCAUGUACCUUCAUUUUUUAUUCGCAAGCUAAUUACACAGGUCUUCUCUUUCAUCAAUAUGUCACUUUUCAACAGUCUGCUGCUGCGACGUGAAUGUUGCACAUUUUCAAAUGGUGAAUAUGUGAAAUCAGGUCUAGCUGAACUUGAGAAAUGGAUUGUCAACACCGGAGAGGAGUAUGCAGGAACCUCUUGGCACGAGCUAAAUUAUAUUAGACAAGCUGUUGGCUUUCUGGUAAUACAUCAGAAGAGGAAAAAAUCUCUGGAUGAAAUUAGGCAGGAUCUUUGUCCGGCAUUGACUGUCAGGCAAAUCUAUCGAAUAAGUACUAUGUACUGGGAUGACAAAUAUGGCACUCAGAGUGUGUCCAAUGAGGUGGUUGCCCAAAUGAGGGAGAUUCUGAACAAAGACAACCAGAAUCUAACCUCCAAUUCAUUCUUGUUGGAUGAUGAUCUGAGCAUUCCAUUCUCCACUGAAGAUAUUGAUAAGGCAAUUCCUCUAAUCGAUCCUUCAGAUAUCGAAUUUCCGUCUUUCUUGUCUGCUUAUUCUUGUGUGCAGUUUCUUGUCCGGCCGCAAAAUUAAAGUCUGCUAAUGUCAAAGGGUUUCCGUGUAAGCUUGCUUCGAAUGGAUGUAAAUGGUAAUGUCUUUUGUAGGCUUUCAAGUUCAAAAUUAGUAGUGAGCUCUGGCUACUAUCCAUCCACAGAAGAAAAUUGAGCAGUAGUCAUCUAAAUAUUAAGAUGGUGACUCGUUACAUUGCUCAAAUUUGUUAAUCAAUGUUGCAGGGGUUCAUCAAGCUUGAUGAAUUCGUUUGCCUUUAGUGAUUUGCAGGUUUAGGGCUGGUCAUCUUAUUGUAAUUAGACUACAUUACUCUUUUUUUUUUUUUUUUUUUUUUUUUUUUUGGGAGGAGCAAUUGGUUAAGCUUAGCUUCUAGGGUGACACGUUGCACCCUUGAAAUCAUCAUGUUUAUGUUGUAUCACAAUGUUUCUGUAAUUUUUGUUGCACAUUUUAAAGGAGGAUCAAGGAAUUUGCCCAA